AUGGCUUCCAGAUUAGAAGAGGAUCUCUGCUGUCCCGUCUGCCAAGAUGUCUUCAGAGAUCCUGUUGUUCUGUCAUGUAGCCACAGCUUCUGUAAAGAAUGUGUGGAGAGCUGGUGGAAAGACAAAGAAGAAAAAGAGUGUCCACUUUGUAAGAGUAGAUCUUCAAAGCUUAAACCACCUUGUAACCUGGUGUUGAAGAACCUGUGUGAGGCCUUCUUACAGGAGAGAGAUCAGAGCUCUUCACCUGCUCUCUGCAGUCUGCACUCAAAGAAACUCAGACUCUUCUGUCUGGACCAUCAGCAGCCAGUGUGUCUCGUCUGCAGAGAUUCAGAAAAACACACCAACCACACAAUCAGACCCAUCGAUGAAGCUGCACAACAACACAAGAAGCAACUUCAGGAAACUCUGGAGCCCUUGAAGAAGAAGUUACAGUGUUUUGAACGUGUUAAAGUAGAGUUUGAACAAACAGCAGAACACAUUAAGGUCCAGGCCGGACUCACAGAGACGCAGAUCAAGGAGCAGUUUAAAAAGCUUCAUCAGUUUCUGGAGGAGGAAGAGGAGGCCAGGAUGGCUGCACUGAAGGAGGAAGAGGAGCAGAAGAGUCGGAUGAUGGAGAAGAUUGAGUCUCUGAGCAGAGACAUAACAACUCUUUCAGACACAAUCAGAACCACAGAGGACGAGCUGAGAGCUGAAGACGUCUCGUUCCUUCUCAACUACAAGGCUGCAGUGGAACGAGUCCAGCAGCACCCCCUGCUGGAUGAUCCACAGCUGGCCUCAGGAGCUCUGAUAGACGAGGCCAAACAUCUGGGCAACCUGAGCUUCAACAUCUGGAGCAAGAUGAAGGACGUGGUCUCCUACAGUCCCGUGGUUCUGGACCCAAACUCUGCUAAUCCAGGACUCGUCCUGUCUGAAGAUCUGACCAGUUUGAGACAAGGAGCGGGACAGAAGCUUCCUGACAAUUCAGAGAGGUUUGAUCAUUACACCUUAGUCUUGGGAUCUGAGGGUUUUAACUCAGGAACUCACAGCUGGGACGUCCUGGUUGGAGACAGUACAUUCUGGUACCUGGGAGUGUCAGCAGAGCUUGUCGAGAGGAAGGGAGUCAAACAGUCUGGAACAUGGAGAAUAUGGUUCUAUGAAGGUAAAUACUACGCAAAGUCACCAUCAGGACCAACAGUUCUCUCUGUGCAGAAGAUCCAGAGGAUCAGAGUGAAACUGGACUGGAACAGAGGAGAACUGUCGUUCUCUGAUCUCGAUACUAACAAACACAUUCACAACUUCAAACACACUUUCACUCAGAAGAUGUUUCCAUGCUUUAAAAAUUUAGAUCAUCACCCAGUGAAGCUGUUACCUGUGAAUGUCUCUGUGGCUUCCAGAUUAGAAGAGGAUCUCUGCUGUCCCGUCUGCCAUGAUGUCUUCAGAGAUCCUGUUGUUCUGUCAUGUAGCCACAGCUUCUGUAAAGAAUGUGUGAAGAGCUGGUGGAAAGACAAAGAAGAAAAAUUGUGUCCACUUUGUAAGAGAAGAUCUUCAAAGCUUAAAUCACCUUGUAACCUGGUGUUGAAGAACCUGUGUGAGGCCUUCUUACUGGAGAGAGAUCAGAGCUCUUCACAUGCUCUCUGCAGUCUGCACUCAAAGAAACUCAGACUCUUCUGUCUGGACCAUCAGCAGCCAGUGUGUCUCGUCUGCAGAGAUUCAGAAAAACACACUGACCACAGAUUCAGACCCAUCGAUGAAGCUGCACAACAACACAAGAAGCAGCUUCAGGAAACUCUGGAGCCCUUGAAGGAGAAGUUACAGUGUUUUGAACGUGUUAAAGUAGAGUGUGAACAAACAGCAGAACACAUUAAGGUCCAGGCCGGACUCACAGAGACGCAGAUCAAGGAACAGUUUAAAAAGCUUCAUCAGUUUCUGGAGGAGGAAGAGGAAGGCAGGAUGGCUGCACUGAGGGAGGAAGAGGAGCAGAAGAGUCAGAUGAUGAAGGAGAAGAUUGAGUCUCUGAGCAGAGACAUAACGGCUCUUUCAGACACAAUCAGAACCACAGAGGACGAGCUGAGAGCUGAAGACGUCUUAUUCCUGCUCAACAAGGCUGCAGUAGAACGAGUCCAGCAGCGCCCCCUGCUGGGUGAUCCACAGCUGGCCUCAGGAGCUCUGAUAGACGAGGCCAAACAUCUGGGCAACCUGAACUUCAACGUCUGGAACAAGAUGAAGGACUUGGUCUCCUACCGUCCGGUGGUUCUGGACCCAAACUCUGCUCAUCCAUGGCUCGUCCUGUCUAAAGAUCUGACCAGUUUGAGACUAGGAGCGAGACAGAAGCUUCCUGACAAUCCAGAGAGGUUUGAUCUUUGCUUCUUAGUCCUGGGAUCUGAGGGUUUUACCUCAGGGACUCACAGCUGGGACGUCCUGGUUGGAGACAGUACUUACUGGUACCUGGGAGUGUCAGCAGAUUCUGUCGAGAGGAAGGGAGACAAACAGUCUGGAUACUGGAGAAUAGGGUUCUAUAAAGGUAAAUACUUAGCAGAGUCACCAUCAGGAACAUCUGUUCUCUCUGUGCAGAAGAUCCAGAGGCUCAGAGUGAAACUGGACUGGAACAGAGGAGAACUGUUGUUCUCUGAUCCUAAUACUAACAAACACAUUCACACCUUCAAACACACUUUCACUCAGAAGAUGUUUCCAUACUUUAACACUGGAGAUCACUUGAAGCUGUUACCUGUGAAUGUCUCUGUGACGCUGGAUCAGAGCAUGGCUUCCAGAUUAGAAGAGGAUCUCUGCUGUCCCGUCUGCCAUGAUGUCUUCAGAGAUCCUGUUGUUCUGUUAUGUAGCCACAGCUUCUGUAAAGACUGUGUGAAGAGCUGGUGGAAAGACAAAGAAGUAAAAGAGUGUCCACUUUGUAAGAAAAGACACUUAAUGAUUGAACCACCUGUUAACCUGGUGUUGAAGAACCUGUGUGAGACCUUCUUACAGGAGAGAGAUCAGAGCUCUUCACAUGCUCUCUGCAGUCUGCACUCAAAGAAACUCAGACUCUUCUGUCUGGACCAUCAGCAGCCAGUGUGUCUCAUCUGCAGAGAUUCAGAAAAGCACAAUGACCACACAAUCAGACCCAUCGAUGAAGCUGCACAACAACACAAGAAGCAACUUCAGGAAACUCUGGAGCCCUUGAAGGAGAAGUUACAGGGUUUUGAACGUGUUAAAGUAGAGUUUGAACAAACAGCAAAACACAUUAAGGUCCAGGCCGGACGCACAGAGACACAGAUCAAGGAGCAGUUUAAAAAGCUUCAUCAGUUUCUGGAGGAGGAAGAGGAGGCCAGGAUGGCUGCACUGAGGGAGGAAGAGGAGCAGAAGAGUCAGAUGAUGAAGGACAACAUUGAGUCUCUGAGCAGAGACAUAACGUCUCUUUCAGACACAAUCAGAACCACAGAGGACGAGCUGAGAGCUGAAGACGUCUCGUUCCUGCUCAACUACAAGACUGCAGUGGAACGAGUCCAGCAGCGCCCCCUGGUGGAUGAUCCACAGCUGGCCUCAGGAGCUCUGAUAGACGAGGCCAAACAUCUGGGCAACCUGAGCUUCAACAUCUGGAACAAGAUGAAGGACGUGGUCUCCUACCGUCCUGUGGUUCUGGACCCAAACUCUGCUCAUCCAUUACUCGUCCUGUCUGAAGAUCUGACCAGUUUGAGACGAGGAAAGAAACAGAAGCUUCCUGACAAUCCAGAGAGGUUUGAUCAUUACCUCUCAGUCCUGGGAUCUGAGGGUUUUAACUCAGGGACUCACAGCUGGGACGUCCUGGUUGGAGACAGUACAUUCUGGCACCUGGGAGUGUCAGCAGAGUCUUUCCAGAGGAAGGGAAACAAAGAGUCUGGAACAUUGAGAAUAUGGUUCUGUAAAGGUGAAUACUACGCAGAGUCACCAUCAGGAUUAUCUGGUCUCUCUGUGCAGAAGAUCCAGAGGAUCCGAGUGAAACUGGACUGGAACAGAGGAGAACUGUCGUUCUCUGAUCUUGAUACUAACAAACACAUUCACACCUUCAAACACACUUUCACUCAGAAAAUGUUUCCAUACUUUAAUAAUGAAGAUCAUCACCCGGUGAAGCUGUUACCUGUGAAUGUCUCCGUGACACUGGAUCAGGGCAGUUAA